CGGGACGUCGCCCCCGAAUCCCUGGGGACGCUGGCGCCGCCGCAGCGGGCGCUGCUGGCCGAGCUCCUGCACCCAAAGGUGGCCGAGCGCGGGGUGCUGCUGGCCCCCGACGGCUCCUCGGUGGCCGUGGGCCCUCUGCUCGCGGGGCUCGAGGUGGGGCUCAAGCGGGCGGCCGGUGCCCCCGUGGGGUCCCCGGACCCGCUCUACRCCGUCACCGUGGCCGAGGUCUUGGCCACCUCCUACGCGUUGGCCGUGGCCAACGGGAGCCGGGCCACCUCRGGGCGCCACGGCUGCUGGGACGACGUGGAGGAGCCGCAGGUCUUCACGUUGGCCGGGCCCUCCUGGGCCRUGCCGGACGCGUUGGCCAACGGGGCGCUGGACGGCGUGCUGCUGGGCGCCCGCUUGGCCGCUGAGCCGGCACCCUUGGGUGCUCUGCUGCGGGGCUACUACGGCUACGGGGCGGCGGGCGAGCGGGCGCCCAGCAGCUACCGGCGCGGGCGCUUCGGGAACGUCACGACGACCGAGAAGCUGGAGGAGGAGGUGGUGGCCACGUUGCGUCUGCUGCGGGCGCUGCCGGCCACCCGGCACCUUCUGGAGGACCUUGGGGACGAGGAGGUGGCCAAGGUGGCCCGGCGGGCGGCGCGGGACUUCAUGGAUGUCUACGUGGAGUGCCCGGCCGUGGUGCCCCGCUGCAUGUGGGGCGCCCGCCCUUACCGGGGCACCCCCAGCGCCCUGGAGCCUCCGCUGGCCUCCGUCUACAUCCACCACACGCACGAGCCGGGCGCGCCGUGCCGCAGCUUCGCCGCCUGCGCCGGCGCCAUGCGCGCCAUGCAGCGCUUCCACCAGGACGUGCGCGGCUGGGACGACAUCGGCUACAGUUAA